GCGCGCAGGCGCACUCGGCGGCUGCAUGGAGCCGGAGCCGGAGCCCGCGACCGUGGAGGUGCCCGCGGGCCGCGUGCUGAGCGCCCGGGAGCUGCUCGCCGCCCGCUCGCGGCCCCAGAAGCUGCCCCAGCGGUCGCAUGGCCCCAAGGACUUCGUCCCCGACGGCUCGGCGGCUCAGGCCAAGCGCCUGCGCCGGUGUCGCGAGGAGCUGUGGGCGCUGCUGGCCGAGGAGCGCGUGGAGCGCGUGGGCAGCUUGGUGGCCGCCGAGUGGAGAGCGGAAGAGGGCUUCGUGGAGCUGACGUCCCCUGCGGGUAAAUUCUGGCAGACCAUGGGCUUCUCGGAGCAGGGCCGGCAGCGGCUGCACCCCGAAGAGGCCCUGUACCUGCUGGAGUGUGGCUCCAUCCAACUGUUCCACCAAGACCUGCCGCUGUCCAUCCAGGAGGCCUACCAGCUGCUGCUGGCCCAGGACCCUGUGGCCUUCCUCAAGUACCAGGUCUUCAGCCACCUGAAGAGACUGGGCUACGUGGUUCGACGGUUCCAUCCAAGCUCUGUCCUGUCCCCUUACGAGAGGCAGCUGAACUUGGAUGGCAGCGCCCAGCUCUUGGAGGACGGUCCUGGCAAGAAGAGGAGGAGUUCGAGCUCUCGGUCCGUGAGCAAGAAGGCCAAGGCACCGGACGAUUCCCUGCAGCCUGAGAUCCUGGCGGCCUCCGGCCCUCCUUCCUACAGCCAGCACGGCCCACGUGUGGAGGAGAAACCCCAGGAGUCGAGCCCAGGACAGGGCCCAGCCAGCCCCUUUCCACUUCCAGGGUCCCUGGAGCCCUGCCCUGGCCUGGCCGGGGAGGGGAUGGGGUGCAGCCGGCAGAGCAGCCACAUGGAGAAUGGCGUCACGGGGGCUGCUAAGCCGCGCUGGGACUUCUCCCAGAUCUCCUUCCCCAACAUGGCCCCAGACAGCCGCCACACCCUCCUGCCAGCCCCGGCCCCAGAGCUGCUCCCCGCCAAUGUCGCGGGGCGGGACACAGAUGCCGGCUCCUGGUGCCAGAAAUUGAACCAGCGGAAGGAGAAGCUGUCCCGGAGGGAGCGGGAGCAGCAGGUGGAGGCGCAGCACUUCCGGGAGGACGUGAACUCGGACCCCGAGGUGCGGCGCUGCUCCGGCUGGCGGGCGUACAAGGAGCUGCUGCAGAGGCGGCACCGGGAGAGGAGCCAGAGCCGGCCGCCCCACCUGUGGGGCCAGCCCGUCACCCCGCUGCUGAGCCCUGGCCAGGCAGACUCUCCAGCCGCGGUGCUUCACCACAUCUCUGUGCUGCGGACAGCGCACCUGGCUGACGGCGGGGCUCGGCUGCAAGGCAAGGCCGGGGACCUGGAGAUCAGCUUUGACGUUUACCAGGCUGACGCUGUGGCCACAUUCCGGAAGAACAACCCUGGCAAACCCUAUGCCCGGAUGUGCAUUAGCGGGUUCGAUGAGCCGGUGCCCGACCUCUGCAGCCUCAAGCGCUUGUCCUACCAGAGCGGGGAUGUCCCCCUGCUCUUCGCGCUGGUGGACCAUGGCGACAUCUCCUUCUACAGCUUCAGGGACUUCACGCUGCCCAGGGAUCUGGAGCACUGACCACGCGGCUGGGGGCGCAGGGGCUGCAGCCUGCCCUGGGGAGACCUGGACUGUCUGUUCUCAGGGACCAUCCAGCGGCCUCCCGGGCCUGGACUCUGACCUGUGGUCUGGACCUUGGCCCUGGUGUCUGACACCACUCCCCUCCUCCUCGCCUGGCCGCUGCACGCUGCCAACCCCCGCACCCGGGAUUGCCGCCUUGCAGGGACCCCCUCGGAACUCGAACCCGGGGCAGAGGAGGGGGCCCAGAAGAGAGGACUCUGUGCCUUUAACGAGAGGGUGCCUGCUUCUUGCCAUAAAGCCAAAGCCAUUAAAAACGGAUCUCU